GUAGAACCGCUAUGGUGGGGUGACCUGUGUUUCUACUUUUUGUCCAUCGUAUUCUUGCACGUUCAUGUAAUCUCUGGGAGCGAACAAAAAGGCUAAAGCUGCUUCAGCUCAACGGCUCAUUCCAAUCUCUUUCAGGUUCCUCUGUGUUAAUGCUCGUAGAUAGCAGCCAAUUCUAAAGGUAUCAGAUAUAUGCUCUUACUUAACGAUGUUAAUCCUUCACUGUGUUCUGUUUUUCAUUCAUCCCAAAUGAAAAGGAUGUUGAAAAGAAUUACAGUGGUUUUGUUGAUUGGGCUGCUGGCAUGGGCAUAUCAAGCCACCCACCCUCCACCUCCCAGCAUUUGUGGCUCCCCAGGCGGCCCUCCUGUAACAGCGCCUAGAGUAAAGCUCAGGGAUGGAAGGCAUCUGGCCUACAAGGAGCAUGGGGUGUCAAAAGAAGUUGCCAAAUAUAAGAUUAUCUUUAUUCAUGGCUUCGGCUCUACUAGACAUGAUGCAGUGAUUACAACAAACGUCCCUCCAGAAUUUAUCGAAGGACUGGGACUCUACAUUGUGUCUUUUGACAGACCAGGUUACGGAGAAAGUGAUCCAGAUCCAAAAAGAUCAGUGAAAAGUUUGGCUUUAGAUAUAGAAGAGCUAGCCGAUCAGUUGGGAUUUGGGUCCAAAUUUUAUGUAAUUGGGCAGUCUAUGGGCGGCCAGGUGGUUUGGGGCUGCCUCAAGUACAUUCCUCAUAGGCUGGCAGGAGCAACAUUGUUGGCUCCGGUUGUGAACUACUGGUGGCAAGGCUUUCCUGCCAACUUGUCUAUGGAGGCUUACAACAAACAACCACCUCAGGACCAGUGGACCCUUCGAGUUUCUCACUACAUACCAUGGCUAACCUACUGGUGGAACACUCAGCAGUGGUUCCCUGCAUCCAGUGUCAUAUCCAGCAAACCGGAUAUAUUUUCUCGCCAAGAUCUAGAAAUACUUUCCAAGUUUGCUUUGAGGGAGAAUCCGCACAAGGCACAGGUCAAGCAACAAGGAGAAUUUGAGUCCAUCCAUCGUGACAUGAUGAUUGGAUUUGGGAGUUGGGAGUUCAGUCCUAUGGAUCUUGAAAACCCUUUUCCAAAUAAUGAAGGCUCAGUUCAUCUAUGGCACGGCGAUGAAGAUGGUCUUGUGCCGGUCACUCUGCAACGCUAUAUUGCUAAAAAACUUCCGUGGAUUCAAUACCAUGAGUUACCUGGUGCUGGACACCUAUUUCCAGUUGCUAUAGGAGUGAGCGAAGCUAUUCUUAAGGCGCUUUUGUUGGGUCAGAGCUGAAGUAGCCUCAACACCUCUUUCCCUUUUUAUCUUUUCCCACCCUCUUGCUUUAAUUUGAAAAAAUAAUCCUUAGGUUUAUGUAUAAAUAUAUAUAUAUAUAUAUAUUAUAUAUAUAAGAUCAGUAAGAGGCCCCAAGCAUAGCUCUCAUUAAUAAAAUUCUUGUUUACCUAUUAAAAA